CAUCGAGGGUAGGAGGACAUGAAAGAGUUGGUUCGACAGUUAUGUUUGGAUUUUUAACCACAUUUCUCUGUAACCGGUUUCUUCAACUAGCUGGGAAUCGAUGACUUAAGGGCAGUCCACGUGUAGACUCAAUGGGCACUAAAGCGUCAAUGCAAGUACAAGUACGUACGGUGCUUUCAAACUAUCUACGGUCAUUGAAAACUGUACUUUCAGUCUCUGGUGAUUUGAAUUGACAUGGAGUGUGUUGGGGUUUAAGUGGGCAUAGAAUUGCAAUUUUAAUCUUGACAAUAUAAAAACAGUUUCUCUAAGCUUCUAUAGAGGUGUUAGCUUACGUUGGACACCGUCUAGUUUUCUAAAUUGUUAUCCAGAUGUUGUCAAGCUGUUGCUUUGAAGUUUACUUCCUUGGAACUAAGGCCGUUGGCCAGGUUGAUGACGUCCGUAGCUUCCUGAAGCGCCAGGCCGAUACCCACGCACCUCUUCAGCGCGAUGGGAUUUUCUCCAUCUUGUCACUGUGAAUGCGUCACUUUUCAUCAGAUGCCUGUCUUGUUCUUAACGAUGCUCAUGAGACGACCGUACCUCGCAUUUUCACGUCUAACGCCCCUAAAUUUCCGUUGCCCCGGCAACACUCAGACGGCCGUUGUGAUUGGUCAGAUGACAGUGAUUUAUCUGUCCACAACCUAGAGCGCCACAAAAGCCUGCUGUGAUUGGCUGGAUGGUUUUGCCUUUGCUCGUACACCCUAAACAGCAUAUGAAUAUGCUUUCCCCGGCGUCCUGUGUACAGCUUGGCUCCUCGUAUCGUUUGGUUUGACUCAGCAGUGUCAUCUUCAACAGCCAGCAGCAGGCCUGGGCCAACUGGAUCUCCUUCUUCUAAACGUUUAGAUGCGAACAUCAGGACCGGGAAGAGGACCCAUUACCAGACGCUCUCUAUCUGACGUGGCGCUAGACGGACGGCCAGGAGGGUGAUUUCUACAGGACUGCUUCAAGAUGGAGUCGAACGACUCAUCAAACAGUUCUAUAGACGACGUCGACUUCAGUGGCACGUUGCCGCCGCUGUCGUUCGAAGAUUACCAGGACAUCUUACGGCAGUACAUGGAGAAGGUCGGCAUCCACAAGUUCGGCCCCAGCUCCCCCGGUGCCGGGCAGUACCUCUGGGCGACCAUCUUCCUCGGCAUCGUCUACAGCAUCAUGAUUGUGGUGUGUGGGGCCGGCAACCUCCUCUACAUGAUCGUAGUGCUGAGGUACAAGGAGAUGCGGACCAUCACGAACGCUCUGGUGGCCAACCUGGUCCUGUCUGACUUCCUCGUGGCGGUGUUCUGCGUGCCGUUCAUCCUAGACUACCACAUCGUCAGGCCCGAGAGGAUCUGGUCGUACGACGACACGACCUGCUGCUUCGUCAACUAUCUCCGGAUCACCUCGCUCUACGUGUCCACCAACUCACUCCUGGUCAUCGCCAUUGACAGAUACCUGGUGAUCAUGAUGCCACACGUGCCGCGGAUGACGGGCGGGAUGGCAGGCGGGACCAUGGCGCUGGUGUGGACCGUGUCUAUGCUGCUAGCCGUGCCCGCUGCCAUGUACUCCAAAGCUCUGCCAUACGCCGACAAUCGGGGAACCUUCUGCGGACAACUCUGGCCAAUACAACUGGAAUCCGCGUACAAAGCCUACUACCUGACCCUCCUGGUGAUUGAGUUCGCCCUGCCGGUGGUCAUCAUGUGCUUCUGCUACAUCCGAAUCGCGCUCCGAAUCUGGUUCCGUAUCGUGCCGGGCCAACAGACACGUGACCAGCAGGCCGCCAUGUUGAGAUCCAAGAAGCGGAAUGUCCGGCUGCUCAUCGUGAUCUUGGUCCUCUUUGUCCUGUGUUGGGGACCAAAUUACGGCUACUCCGUGGUGCGUGACUUCUACCCGCACCUCCUGGCUACAUCAGGGAUCAACAUCACCCUACACUACGUGGUGGAGGCUUUGGCCAUGUCCAACGGCUCAAUCAACACUAUUGUGUACGUGGCCCUGAACGCCAACGCACGUAAGUACAUCAAGAAACUGGCCAAGGAAUGCCGGCUGAAGUGGACCCAGUGGCGACACAGACGCGUGCAGGCCUCGUCUACCAGAGGGGUUUCCCGGCAAACCGAUGAGCAGAGACUGGGGGAGGGAGACGGGCGGACACUGCACGUCUUCUCUGUCUCCCAAUCCUCACGGUCCUUCCACGCCAGACAAGCCUUCACUGUGUAAAACUUUCCCGGCCAUAUGGUAAAGAGAUUCGUGUUUAAAGAUAAAUCUAAUAGAUCCAACACAA